AUGGAUCCCGAUCACAGUUUCUUCGCGGAUGAGACAUAUCAUCUCCGUGACGAGCAUGAUGUUGCAAAGGACUUGUUCCACCAGCCCUUAGCUUACCAGGCGGCUCCCAACUUUGCGUUCCGUCCGCUGCUCGGUAUAGGCUUGGGCUCGGCGAGCGGCGCCACCUCUGCUGAGCAGCCUCAGGGCCUGCACCUCAGCAUUCCCGGCGCGCCUUUGGUGCGUGCAGACUCGGUGGACUCCAAACAGUACACCCCGAUCAGCGAGUGUGACUGGGCGAGCGCGGAGCUGGACUCAGAUGCAACAUCUCCGGCCUCUGCGACUUACAGUGCGGACAGCCCGGCGACGCCAGAGUUUGGUGACCACGAUGGCGGUUUUACGAAUCACUACUUUCGUUCCGGCAGCCAUAUCAACAACGGGCUCGCUUUGGCCUGGGCCAAGUCUCAAGGUCGGGCGUUUGGUAACCUCACUUCGCAGCUCUCAGAAGCGCGCGAGUUGACCCCGAUGUUCGAGAUGCCCCAGCCAUUGAGCAACAUCGGCGGUGGUCACUACUCCCAUGGCCGCAGUCUUCCAGCAGAUGUCGCAAUCUGCUGGCCUAUCGAUCAUGGUAGGCAUCGCUUCAACGUGGCUUGCGACAAUUACGUGCCGGUCACUGCGCACUCAUCAGCUCCUUCACCUGGUCAGAGCAGCUGUUUUAUCCACGAAGAUGUGCAGAGCAGCAGCAAUUCGAGCUCAUCUCGCAAAGACUCCACGAGUCUCAGCGAGCAUGGCUCUCAGAAGCGUAUCUCGAUCAACUCCAGUGUGUACGCAAUCCAGGAGCGUGAUGCCAAGCUUGGCGCUGGUAAAGCCAAAGGGUGGUCGUACAAGAAGAUCAAGCAGCACUACAAGCUCAAAGAUGCCGAGUCCACCCUGCGCGGACGUUGGCGCACUCUCACUAAGAAAAGCGAGCAGCGUGUGCGCAAGCCAUCGUGGGAGCCAAUUGAUGACCAGCUGCUGGUCGAGGGCUAUGACUACUAUACCAACGGCGGCUCCACCAAGAUUCCGUGGAAGAAAAUCGGUGCCUACAUCAAGGACAGCGGCGGCUUGUAUCAUUUCGGCGGCGCUACCUGCGCGAAGAGGUAUCGCGAGCUUGACGAGGCUGGGAGGGUGUAG